AUUUUUUGAGUUCGUACUCCUGGGUUUAUCGCAAAGCCAACACAGAAUGUCUUGUUUCAAUAGAAUCAAUGCCGCUGGAUAUGAAAAACUAUUUUCUUGCAGUAUCAAACGAAAAGCUUAAUGAAUUUCCAUUUAUUUACGAAAACUUGGACUCUUUCCCCACAUCAUUAUUAAGCUUCCGGAAAAAUCUGGCCUCUCUGACACCAAAAGAAACUUUCGACCACAGCUUUUUCGAAGUAACGGGACGCCAAACCACCAGUAAGCGCAGGAUAUCGACAAAAAAACAGCAUGAAAUCAAACAUUUUGCCACUCACAUUCACACUCAAUGCCUAAACGAGAAAAUUUUGGUUGACUUGGGUUCAGGAUUGGGCUAUCUAAGUCAAGCAUUAUACGAACUGGACCCAAAUCGCUCUAUACUUGGAUUGGAAGCAGAUGAAACACGAGUGGAGGCGGCACGUAGCCGGUGUCGUCAGUGGUUACCAUCGGCAGCCACAAAGUCAAUUAGCUACCAGCAAAAAUAUGUUGACGCUGACUCAGGGGCUUAUAUCGACACACACUCACUGGCUCUAGCGAAAAAUAACGGCUUCUUGGAGGUGAAAUCUAUGUCGAUAAUAGGCUUGCAUGCUUGUGCGGAUUUGAGUAUUAACGCAAUGCGAUUAUUUUUGAAAAUGGAUCGUGUGCGAAGUCUUCACAUUAUGCCCUGUUGUUACCACAAAUUAGCUUUGCAGUCUGCUGGCGGGGGAGUUAAUAGCCCUGAUCAGCCUAAUUUUGUAAAUUUUCCGCUUAGCAUUGCCCUGCGCAAGGCGGUAGAAGCAUGUAAAACAGAAUUAUAUCUUAAUCGUCCAUUUCUUAGACUAGCAUGCCAACAAACGCGUGCUCGCUGGCGGCGAACAAGUUACGAAGAACACGCUGAGCACGGAGAUCAGAUGUACACGCGUGCACUGGCGGAUUCCGUUCGACACUCAAAUGAAUUGGUAAAACCAAAAAAGUGUAUCCUUCCGUCUCAUGAAAAUCAGGAUGCAUUUUGGGAGAUAGUGAGAAAAUUUCAGUUGUUCUCAAAGGAGACAGGCGCUCCGCUAGAGUGGCAACCUACACACAAAACGCGCUUUAUAGCAAUAAGCGACAAAUACACCGAUAAACAGGGUCCCCGUCUAGCUGAAGCUUUGCAAUGCUUGCAGACAGCCAUGCAGAAGCUCUGUGAGAACGUGAUAUUAUUUGACCGGUUGUGUUAUCUUCAGGAAGCUGCUGCCGAACAUAAAGUGAAUGUCAGGGUGCGAUAUGAAAAAUUGCUUGAUGAGGAAGUAUCGCCUCGAUGCCACGUUCUGGUUGCUGAAAAGUUGUCCUAAUGCGGGCCAAAACUUCUGGAAGCUUGUGUGUCCUUUUUGGCCGUAUGUCAGAAAUUUAAAUGGCUGUGCUGCCUGCGCACAAGCACUAAUACAAUUAGCAGGCACUCUGUUUUUUGUUGUUUAAAUUUUGAGUUUAAGCAAUGCUGUAGGUGGAUGGCCCUUAUAUAAAAAUACCACUGUCUGUUGUCAUCAAUUAAAAUCAAUGUGAGCUGCGGAAGAUGGUGUAUGGUGUACAGCUCUGAGCAUGUACUUUUUUAUUUUGCAUUUAUUGUUUAAGGAAGCAUUUUACGAGUAAGUGCUCAGUCUUUUUGCUCAUUACGCAGCCAGAGCGGUGCGGGUGAGUCUAUGGUAAUUAAAUUUCUUGUGGCUCUAGGUAUACAUGACCCACAUACACAUGGAAGUAUGUUCAUAGGGGAACUGAUUCGUGAGGGAAUUGCAUCAUCCAAAUGUAAUUGCUUUAGUUAUACAAUGACAGAGUUUUAUAUGAAUGUGCAGCCUUUAUUUCGAUACCUACAGAAAUACAUAUGUCUCAGAUAAAUACCCAUAAGCUAAAAUUUCCAAAAAGUCAUAUCUGGUUUUUUCAACUGCAUUUAUUGAAUAUUAUUAUAAAUGUUUGUUGCAUGUACUGUACCUUUUCAUAAAUAAAACGUAUUAUGUAUAUAUGUA